GUUUUCAAUAUUUCAUACUUCGCGCCUCCUUUUCUACUAAAUUAUAAGUCAAGUGAGAACUAGCAGUAGCAUACUAGCCUACUUUUAGUUUUUCUUUUACAUGCCAGAGAAAAAAUAGUAAAAGUACUGCACACCUGCCGUAGUGCGUCAUGGCGUAAGCAGCAACUCCUCCAUGCGCAUACAGAACAGCAUGGUAAAGUUUCUCCAGGAGGACUGGCAGUUUACGGCAGCAUUCAUUACGGGGGCACUGUUUCAAGAUAAACAAAAAUGUUCAGAUGUAAACGCAGAAGAAACACAUUUCAUCUCUGAAGUUGCGCUUCGCUCUGUGUUUCCACUGCUGAGAAAGAACUUUUAGUGGUGGUAUCAUCUAUAAAAAGCUGCCAUGACUCAGAAAACACACUUCCACCUGAAUCAACAAGACUGGAGUGAGAUCACUGCUGACACUUUUCAGAGUAGCCCAUUCAGUAUCGACACACCAUACGGGUACCAGCUCGACUUAGACUUUGUUAAAUACGUGGAUGAUAUUGAGCGAAGUGACACCAUUCGACGGCUGCAUUUUGACAAGCGUCCCGGAGCGGCAAACGCUGCCUCCGAGUCGCAACGCAUCUUAAACCCCACACACUGGAAUUCUUCAGAGUCUUUGUCCUCAGUGAGCAGUGAUGAAGCCAAGAAAACGUCUCCGUCUUCAUCCGCUUCCUCUUCUUCUGUCAACAGAAGAAGACCCCCACUUCCCCAUUCCAAACCUAAAUCCUCCUAUCCAAGACCUGAGGUCCCUCAAGACCUAGUCACCUCUCAGAGGUAUGUAGAUGGGACGUCUGCCCCAGCCAAACCAAAUCCUCUAGUGGAAAAAACUUUGAUGGAAACAUGCAAACGUUUGGAACAUGAGAAAGGCUCGUCGCAGCAAGGACCUCCAGAACCACAGCCACGGCGUAGACUGGCCAGUUUUGGUGGUCUUGGCUCUAGUGGUACCCUAUCUCCAUAUACGAGCUGGAGUGCCCUAAAUCAAGGUGCUAAGAUGACAGUGCUAGACCAGCCCCCAAAAAGUUCCUUGUUAUUGGGCAACACCCUUAAAAUCAGCCCCUCAAGCUCUGGCCGAGCAUCUCCAGUGAGCGGUGUGAGCCCACUCCACCUGCAGAUGGUCAGGGAUCAGAUGGCAGCUGCUUUACGAAGGUUAAAGGACCUGGAGGAACAAGUGAAGGCCAUUCCUGUCCUACAGGUGAAGAUUUCUGUUUUGCAGGAAGAAAAGAGACAACUGACAGCCUUGGUCAAGAGGCAAGAUGAAGAUCAAAAAUCCGGCUCUAUCAUUGACAAAGAUUUCUGCAGCAAACCAGCGAUAGAGGGUCGGGAGCACGGUGCCAUCUCUGGUCUGACGGAUUUCCAACAGCUUAGUGUUGAAAUGCAACUGCUUGAAAGGAAGAUCCAAGAUGCACGUCUUGAAUCCUCUGCCUUCAAGACGAGAGAUCAAAAGUCUGUUGCAGUUGGAGAUGACAGGUGCAUUGAUGAAGUGGAUGUUAUUCAUCAACACAAAUUCAACUUCUUCAAGGAUGUUGCAGUUGGUGCAAAACCUGAGACUCGGUCAGUGGCAGUCAGUGUCACUGAGACUAUGCUGGGGGUCGUAUCCAACAAGGAAGCAGAAACAGAGUUGCAACAGCAAACCAUCCAACAUUUAAGUGACCGGGUUCAGAUACUGGAAGCUGAGCUUAAAGAAGCAAUGCUAAAGGCAGAGAUGGGAAAGCUAAGAAGUGAACUGCGGGAAGCAGAAGCGAGAAACCAUGCUGACAAGAGUUCCUCCGCACAACCACAGGUGAACUGCGUUGCAACCCAGACCGGGUCGCAAACUCGUACUCUUGGGGUUGGAAACCACACCAACCUUGUGCAUUCUGCUGUUGGGGGAGGAGUAGAGCAGAUUUCCAUUGCUGUUGGAGUCUCCUGCAAGCCGGAGGUGAGGGCUGUUUCAUCUGGCCCAGAUACACCUAUGGAAGAGUGGGAAGUACGCCAAAGAGUGGCGCGAAAAGAUCAAUGUGUUGGAAGCAAGCGUGCAGCAACACGAAAUCAAGGUGUUGGGACAACAAUGUACAUGUGUGACACAUGUGUGGAGACGAUUGAAAAGAAGAAGAACAUUUCCCACCGAACGGUGGGCUGUGGUGACUGCACGGUCGACAUUGAUGUCAUCGCUGUCAAAUCGCUCAUUUCCCAAGGAACUGUCACUGACCCAGUGCGAAGCAUUGACUUUAGUGUAAUGGCAACCCCACAGACUUUGUCGCAGCGUACCAGCACGGCCUUUUGCACCGUGUCGCGCAGCACCAGCACUUUGCAGGCCUGUAUCUCUGAAGCCAGCACCAACACAAAGCACACACUCACCAGGGAAAGACAUACCAACACCGCACACGCGAUCACUCGAUCUCUGGCGGUUGGGGAUGGGAAGGUUUGUGACCGAACGGCUGCUGUUCAGAUGCACUCUGUUGGAACCACAACAUGCUUGGGUAGAGACACAGACACCCCUGCUGUCCAUAAUGUGAUAACACGCGAUGUUGGUAUCGGAAUGGCAAAUAUCAAUGAGAAUAUCCUCAUUGGUCUCCACACACGAAACAUUGCAUGUGGACCAUCCCGUCUACCAGAUCCGAUCAAGACACGUAGCAUCGGCGUGGAAGUCGGGGACGGGAGGAUACGCGACACGGAGGGCCAGAUGUUUGUGCAGACUGAGCCUGGACUUGAUCAUUAUAUAGAUCGCAUGCAGAAAUUACUUAAAGAACAACAGCACCUGUUAACUGAGAGCCACCCUGGGUCAAAACAUGGGGACACUCUCCAGUCCCACGGUCAAGAUGAACAAGUUAAAGUCACUGCACAAAGCCAGUCAUCAAAUGAGGCUACAAUGGUUAAACAGAAGAAUCAAAUGGAAUUACAGAUGUCCGCUGCUCUUCAUGGCUCACCCAGUGAUGACCGCUGCCUUAGGUCUAUCAUGAAAAGGAAAAGCACCACAGAUAGUACGAACCCAACGACUGCAUCGCUAGGUACACAGAGAGGUAUUGUGGAUCUCUUGUCUGAGGGUGGCGAUUCUGAAAAUGAAGAGAAGAAAAAAAGAGAAAAGAGAGAGAAAGAGGGCAGCACCAAAGAUAAAGUGAAGAUUCCUAAAAGAAACGAAAGGUAUAUAUUCAGUGAGAAGAUGCUUUCUGCCUGCCAAACUUUGAAGGUUCACCUUAAUGGUAGCAAUGUCAUAUCCAACAGAGAACUGUGCUCCUGUCUAAGCACAGUACAGCAGGAGUGGUUCUGUGUGUCCAGUCAGAAGAGGGGAUGUCCACAGAUGGUGGAGGACUUCCUCUUCGCUUGCCGCCAUGUCUCGCCAGACGUGCUGUGCUAUGUGGCCAACAUGGCUGACCAAAAUGGCAACACAGCCCUUCACUACAGUGUGUCUCACUCUAAUUUCAGCGUUGUGAAGAUUCUACUUGCUGCAGGAGUGUGUAAUAUUGAUCAUCAGAAUAAGGCUGGCUAUACUCCUAUAAUGCUUGCCUCCCUGGCUGCUGUGGAAGCAAAAGAAGACAUGAUGGUGGUGCAAGAACUCUUCAGCAGAGGUGAUGUUAAUGCCAAGGCCAGCCAGGCUGGUCAGACCGCUCUCAUGCUAGCAGUCAGUCAUGGGCGUAAAGAUAUGGUCCAAGCUCUACUGACUGCGGGAGCAGAGGUCAACAUCCAGGAUGAUGAGGGGUCAACCGCUCUGAUGUGUGCUGGUGAACACGGCCAUGUUGACAUUGUUAAACUCUUACUGGCACAGCCAGGCUGUGAUGCCACCCUGACUGACAAUGAUGAGAGCACUGCUCUGUCUAUAGCUCUGGAGGCCGGACACAAAGACAUUGCUAUGCUUCUCUAUGCCCAUGUCAACUACUCAAAGGGCCAACCUAGGUCUCAGGCGAUCCAAAACGGAGUGUCUGAGGUUAUGGAGGAGGAAAGCAAGUUGAAGAAACGAAAAAGCGAUCAAGGCAACCAGGGCUCUGAAACUGGUCAGGAGGUGGUGGAGAAAGUAAAAAAGCGACGGGGCCGCCCUCCUGCCGAGAAGCUGCCCCCCAACCCUCCCAAGCUCACAAAACAGAUGAACACCAUCGUAGACAUGGUCAUCAACUACAAGGACACGUUGGGUCGACAGAUCAGUAAAGGUUUCGUCCAGCUGCCGUCAAGAAAAGAGGUGCCAGAGUAUUACGAGCUCAUCCGCAAGCCAGUCGACUUCAGGAGGAUCAGGGAGAGAGUGCGUAAUCACAAAUACAGGUGCAUUGCAGACCUGGAAAAGGAUAUCAUGCAGAUGUGUCACAACGCUCAGACGUUUAAUCUGGAAGGAUCUCAGAUCUUUGAAGACUCCAUUGUUUUGAAAUCUGUUUUUGAGAGUGCAAGACAGCGAAUAGUGGAACUCAGUGAGGAAGACAAUGAUGCUGUUGGAAGCAGUGAAGCAAUUGGUGGCGAUCAUUUUAAUCUAGAUGAGACAACAAAUCCCAAGCUGGACAAAAAAAGGGAGAAAAAUAAAACCAAUCCUAGUGAUUCCAGCCCAAAGGAGAUGGUCACAAACAGUGAUGAAGACAUUGGCCAAGAAUGUGAGAAUAACGCAAGAGGACUAUUGAAUUAGGCCCAAUGACAACCUCAUAUAUUGUAUGCCAUUUAAGAACAUUGUGUGGCCAUUUCAGCCCAAUUUUCCUUGAUGUUUCGCUCAAGGAUUUGCUCCGAAUGUGAUCUCUCAUUAUAUCGGUUGCUUUAAUCACCUUUAUAAAA